AUGGCCAACGCGAAAGACAAGCGAUCAAAGAAGAAGAGUAGGAAAGGUCGAGACGAGAGCCGAGAUGAGAUGGGUGCCGGUUUCGCACACGACGCUUAUUGCUCUGGCCUCGGCUCAGAAGACGGCAAGCUUCCAGAAUGGAGUCGAUUGUACCUCUGUAGAACAGACAGCCGCAACGAUAUCAGCCAGGGCAGCGCGAGACUUGUUAUGGAGUAA